AAUUGCCGUUACGCUUGCCAAAGAUGCUGCCGUUGAACGGGGGUUUCCUGUAGCCAGCCUCAGCGUGUCCAGUCAGGGCCAGGACGACCAGCAGGACAACAAGCACGCUGGACCAGUUUGCGGUCGCGGUUGAACCAUAUAUGAUCAGCUAAGGGUCCGGUUUUUGGAAAUACAAUGGCCGAUCAGAAAGCCCUCGAAGAUGCGGUAGCAGUCGAAGCGAUGGCUGCUCCGCGCGUCGGAUGCGGCCGGAGAACGACGAAGUUCAUUGGCGCCUACUGGCGAUCGCUGGUGGUCGUCCUCGCGCCGCUGAUUGCCGCCCUCGUGUUCCUCAUCGACAAUUCGCCCGCCUACCGGUGCAUGUUUGUCGUGCUGAUCAUGUCGAUGUACUGGGUCACCGAGGCUCUCCCGCUGCCCGUGACGUCCAUGCUGCCGAUCGUGUUGUUCCCGUUGCUGGGCAUUCUCGAAACCGACCGAACGUGCAUGAUGUACAUGCGGGAAACGAUGCUGAUGUUCAUCGGUGGCAUCAUUAUCGCGCUGGCCGUCGAAUUCUGCAACCUGCACAAGCGUGUCGCCCUGAAAGUGAUCUCGGUGAUCGGAUGCAGCCAGCGGAGGCUCAACUUUGGCCUCACCGUGGUGACGAUGUUCGUGUCGAUGUGGAUCUCCAACACGGCGGCCGUCGCCAUGAUGUGUCCGAUUAUGCAAGCUGUGCUAGAGGAGCUGGAGUCGCAAGGGCUUUGCCAGAUGUACGAACGUAAGAAGAAAACGAGCGAGGAGGAAGGCAUGCUGGGCAAGCAGAAGGAGGAUGAUGAGCCUCCUCGACCGACCAAGACAACACUCUGCUACUUCCUCGGGGCGGCAUAUGCGUCAACCCUCGGUGGAUGCGGAACUAUUGUCGGUUCAGGUGUUAACCUAACGUUCAAGGGUAUCUACGAGGGCCGCUUCCCGCAAGCACCCGGCAUCGAUUUCCCGAAGUUUAUGUUCUACAACGUCCCCGGUAUGCUGCUGUACACGUUCCUCACCUGGGUGUACCUGCAGUGGCUCUACAUGGGAAUGUUUAGACCGAACAGUCCCGAGGCUAAGGCAGCAGAUAUCGGUGAGGAAGGUGAGCGGGUGGCAAAACGUGUAAUUGAGACACGCUACAAGGAGCUGGGACCGAUGACUUCGCACGAAAAAAGUGUCGCCUUUCUGUUCGUCGUGGCCGUCGUCCUGUUCUUUACCCGCGAGCCAGGAUUUAUCAAGGGAUGGGCCGAUGUUUUAGACACUGUUAAAAUCAAGGAUGCAACACCGGCCAUGUUUAUUGUCAUCGCGCUUUUUAUGAUCCCGGCCAACUGGCGCUGUUUCAAAUUUUGCACCUCAAACCCAGGUCGUCUCCCAUCGGAAGCUACCCCCGGACUGAUCACGUGGAAGUUCAUCAACCAGAAGGUUCCAUGGAGUCUUAUCUUCCUGCUCGGUGGUGGCUUUGCGCUGGCCGAGGGCGGAAACAAGUCCGGUAUGUCGACCCUGCUGGGACAAUCGCUAGCCGGUCUGAAAACCCUUCCCCCACUGUUGCUGCUGUUUGUCGUCUGCCUCACUGCGCAGAUCUUGACCGAGUUCACGUCGAAUGUGGCCAUUUGCAACGUGAUGCUGCCCGUGCUGGCCGAGAUGGCCAUCGCAAUCGAGAUCCAUCCACUGUAUCUGAUGUUCCCGGCGGCCAUGUCAUGCAGUUUCGCCUUCCACAUGCCAGUAGGAACGCCCCCGAACGCGAUCGUGGCCGGGGUGGGUAACAUCGCCAUCAAAGAUAUGGCGGUGGCCGGCAUUGGCCCGUCGAUAUUUACGCUGCUCGUCAUUUGGGGCAGUUUUCCGACGUGGGGAACCGUGGUGUACCCGGAGCUGCUAUCGUUCCCCGACUGGGCCCGACCGGUCGUGGCGAACGUGACGGCGAGCCUGUGAAGCCUGUGAACCUUUAAAUAGUGCUAGAAGUACUUCAGAUUAGGAUACAAGGAGGCAUAUCGAAAGUAGCCAUAGGAUUUUUUGUUGUCAGGAUAUUCGUAUCAAGCCGUGUGCCAAAAGUGAUCCGGAGACCGUAGCAGGCUAUUAGUUCAGGACGGAUGAAAUUUGUGGUGCAUUUAGUAGAACGACCGAACAGCCAAACCGAAGGAAAUAGAUAUUUGGUUCUAGUUCAAACCGGACUACCGCAUUUCUGCUGCAGCUUGCCAGUCCGUGCGAGCUUCAGCGAGGCUUAGGAACCAAACAAAGCUUGCUUUAUUUUUCUCGUUUUGGUUAAAAGAACUGGAGCUGUUGGAGUAUAUUUUCCCUAUAUUAAUGUUAUCAUCCAUCCGCUGCUACUUUCCGCAGCGUAACAGACAAUUACCGUCGGUCGAAUAUAUGAUUGGGACUGCUGCGUACUUUAGCGACAAAUGGUGCAGCUUGCCUCCAAGUGCAAUUUCGUGUUAGUCUUCCAUAGUGCACCUGUCCUCGGGGGCAGAGGCGAGUAGCAUAAUUCGUAGCAAAAAACGACAAACAACAAACAAAAUCGAGCGAACAAUGAACUACUUAGCGUAAUAUGGCGAACCGCGGUGGGGCUUUUGGGGAUCGUUUACCCGGUUCCGUUUCCGUUUCUUUCGAACGAGAUGCCUUUAAAGGGUGGAUAUUUGUUGAGGACAAAAUAGGAAACGAUAACAAAAUGUGUAAGCCGUGGCAAAACGAAGCUAGAUCUUAGUGACAUAAAUUAAAUAUACAAAUACCGUUU